AUGGCUGAGAUGCACGCCCAUAUUUACCUCCACCUCCGUCAUGGAUCGUCUGGUGUCGUCUUCUCUCCCGCAGCAGACUUCCAAUGCCAACCUGAACCGAAGUUCCUCCCUCUCACACAGCCAGUCCCAGAGUCACCCACGGCAACGGCAACGGCAACAGCAGCAGCAACAGCAGCAGCAACAGCAACAGCAACAGCAACAGCAACAGCAACAGCAACAGCAACAGCAACAGCAACAGCAACAGCAACAGCAACAGCAAGAGCAACAGCAAGAGCAACGACAGGAAUACAAUCACCAACACAACGCUUCUCAGGCUCCUAUACUGAGCACCAGCACGCGCUAGACAGAAAGACUGCAUCUCCUGCUCUCCUGGCAGGCGUGGGCAGAUUCGCCGAGGAGUGGGACGCCAGCCAGCGCGGCAGCUCCAUCAUCGACGAGAGCUACCGAUCUGGUUUCGCCGCCAUGCAGCGCUCCAAUUCCGUGCACAGCUUCGCUGCUGGCGACGAUCAGCAGCUUCCCGUGCGAAACAACACACUUCGUAAGAAGUCGUCCAUGAGACGAACCAGCAGCCUCAGACGCAGUAGCAGUCGCCGAAGUAGCAGACCCGGCAGUGUUAGGAGUUUGGCCUUGCAUUCGGCCUCGGACCGGGAUGAUGCUCACAGCGCAUUUUACUGCCCUAUCCCUACGUCUGGCACUCCAACAGAUGUCCUUGCCAACAGAUUCCAGACCUGGAGAAAGGUUCUCAAAGACUUGAUAACCUACUUUCGCGAGAUCCAGUCGCACUACGAGCAAAGGUCCAAGGCUCUUGUCAAGCUUGCCAAUGUUGCAAACAAUAUCUCGACGCCCCCGCAGUUCCUUCGAUCUGCCGGGAUUGACGAUGCCCUGCAGUUUCUCCGUAACUACAACACAGCUGCCAUUCAAGAAGCCAAUAAGUCCAAGGAAAUCGAGGAGGAUGUAAUCUUAGCUCUGACAGGGUUGAGAAGCGAUCUUCAGCAGAAGAUCAAGGAAAUCAAGCACUUAUCUGGUGACUUCAAAAACUCAGUGGAUCGCGAGAUGGAGGCCACCUCCAAAGCCGUUCGUGCUCUUGCCGAUGUGCUCGACAAGACGGAAGUUGACGCCUCGUCUACAACUGGGAAGCAAGAUCCCUAUCUGAUGCGCCUCGCAGUCGACCGACAAGCAUAUUUGAACCUUGAAGGCUCUGGUCGUGAGCUGGAGUCAAUUGUUGUUGGGGAAAUCCAAAAGGCGUAUAACGCUUACGCAGGUAUUCUCAAGCGCGAAGCCGACAAUGCUUACGCAGUGGUAGAUGAACUGCGCGAUGGACCCAUCAGCAUGCCCAAGGACCAAGAAUGGAUUCAUUUCGUCACACACGAAGACCAGAUUGUUGACCCCACCGUUCCCAUGCGGUCCGCUGAUCAGAUCCAUUACCCUGGCCAGGAUCACGUCUCAGCACAGGAGAUUCGAGCUGGGCUUCUGGAGCGCAAGAGCAAAUAUUUGAAGAGCUACACAGCCGGAUGGUAUGUCCUUUCUACCACACACCUCCACGAGUUCAAGUCGGCGGACAAAGCACAAGCCCCGGUCAUGUCACUGUACUUGCCCGAGCAAAAGCUUGGCUCCCACUCGACCGAGGGUGGCUCAUCCAACAAAUUCAUUCUCAAGGGGCGACAAACUGGCGCGAUACACCGCGGGCACACCUGGGUUUUCAGAGCCGAAAGUCAUGAUACUAUGAUGGCAUGGUACGAGGAUAUCAAGGCAUUGACUGAAAAAACCCCCGAAGAACGAUCCCAGUUUGUUCGCACCCACUCUCGAAGCUUAAGCCGAUCAUCCCAUCGAUCCGUUAGCAGUGAUGGUAUCGUGGACGAGGAUGACGAAGAGCCUUUCUCUGCAAAUCAAAUGGACGUCAACCCAGAGCCACGAGAGGACAUGGUUUCCAGACGGCCUCAACCAGGUGGGCGGUUUCCAUCAGAUCUUCAAAUCAACGCACAGCGUGGCUUACAGGCGCCACAAUCGCCAUCUAGUGUAAGCUCCGGUCACCAGGAUCACUCUCCGGAUGCCCAGGCCUAUGUGGCCGCGGGAGCUCUACCUGUCGCUGCGUCUGUAGCCGGACGUGAGAGUCAACAUCUGCACCAUGGCCAGGAGAAUCACAUGGGCUAUGGAGGCACCGACCAAACUCCAAUGGAAGAUAUGCCAUCCCAGGCUGCCAUAGCCAGUCAACAGGCGCAUCACGAUGGCGUUAAUCCAUACACAAGUGAACCAGUUCCCCAUCCGUCAAACCAAGAUGGUGGGUAUUUUACCGGCGCCUUUGUGGGUUCACAAGGACAUCAAGAGGACCUAAACGGAAAAACCACCAACGUUGUCCCUGAAGCCUCUGAGCUUUCAAAUGCACCCGGGCAAAACAUUGAUACCGAGCCUGUUCAUCCCGGUGAAGGCGAAGUGGUAGAGUGUACCACUUCUAACGCGACCGAAAAAGACAGUCACAACUAUGCAAAUGGUAAUGCUACGGCCGACAAAAUAAGUCCCCUUGUAUUGGCAGCCAGUAAUAUUCCUAGAUCCGAAACUCAACGAGAGUUAGCCCUCCAGGUAGUCCCCGAAGCCAGCGCCACCGAACACACUAUUCCGGCCGAAACGCCUUUGGGAGGGACGAGCAGACCGAAGAGAGAAACUGACGACAGGACGGAUAGCGUUGCCACUAUCUCGAACUUGCCAAUCCCCGGGAAAUUCCCGAAGGGUAGUAGUGUUGUCUCCCCUUGA